AUGGCAUCUGCCUCAUCAGCGGCGUUGCUGGAAUCUUUCCAGGCCUUUGCAGGUGGUCUCGAGAUGGAUGGCCGGACAUGGGUCAAAUGCUUGAAGGACUCCAUGCUCCUGGAUGAGGAUUUCACUACCGUGGACGCGGACCUCAUCUUCGCGCGUGUGAAGACCAGGGGCACCCGCAAGAUUGACUACGCGACUUUCCGGCGAGCGCUGAGUGAGGUGGCCAAGAAGUGGCAGAUGUCCCAGGAGCAGGUGGAGGACAUCAUCUGCCUUGCAGCGGGUCCCCAUUACGAGAACCAGCCGCAGGUGCCAGAGCCUGGCAUUGAUGAUCCCUCUGGCCCCCAGCGAUUCUAUUAUGACAUGACGCUGUACACAGGGACGCACAAGUACGGCGGCCCCAGCCUGGUGGGCAACGGCAUCGUGGAGGGUGCCCCCGUGAACUUCCAGGAGCAUGUCAAUCGGGACAGGGACAAUGAGGUUGCUGCUUCUGCAGAGCGCAGGCGCCGGGCGGUGCUGGGCGAAGAGGGCAGCGCGGAGAUGCCACGCCUCCUGGGAAAGCCGCGCUCGCCCCCACCGCAGCGCCGAGAGCUGCCGAAGGGCCGCCGCCCAGUGCCCGUGGCGCAGCUGAAGGGCCCCGAGCGCUUCUUCUACGAUAAAGCCAGCUACACAGGCACUCACAAGCAUGGCGGGCCCUCGGUUACGGGCAAUGGCCUCCCCAAGCAGGGCUAUGAGGACCUGAGUGAGCUCGUGCGCCGAGAUCAUGUGCAGGACGAUGAGCUUCAUAGGCACCAGCGCAUGCACGGCGCCUACGUGCAGGACGAGUUUGGCAACACCUUCCCAGUUACGGAAGACUAUCGCCCAUUCCUGAAGGAGGCUGCAGCGGCAGGCCCUAGCUCCAGGGGGACCGCUGCGAGUGCCUCUGCGGAGCUGCCCACACUGCUCGGCUCCCCGCGGCGGCGUGCGGCCGCGGCACCCCCGCAGCUCCAGCAGGUGGAGGUCUCGAUCAAGCAGGCGCCGCCCUACGAGGCAUGGCCAAUGCAGUCGCAGCCCGUUGCCCACAAGGUGAUCCGCACCGAAAGUUCGGGUUGGAGCGCGUCAGUGCCAGGCGUCCCCGGCGCGGUGAUCUCGCCGCAGGUGACUCCUCAGGCCUGGGAGAGUCGAAGCCCAAAGAAAAGACGUGUGCCAGCCUCAUGGCAAGAAUCUUUGACUAUAAUCUCUGUGUAA